GAAUGGGCCAGUUUGACAAUCACAACCUGACCGAGACUCGUCAUGACUCUUUUAUGAAAGCCGCCAAUCGGUCUUCUGCCAUUCAGCUGGGGAUUAUAUAACGGACAAGCGAGCUACUUAGCUGUCUUGCUUUAUAUCAAUAGACCAGGUAAUCAUGUUGCCUUUCCGGAUGGCUUGGAGUGAAUAGUGAAAGAGGAGAUACCAACAAUAGGGCAGCCAAUAGGAAGGCUGACUCAUGGUAGGAGGAACCUGAAGCUUUCUACUGGACUGAAAACCAAUAUCUCUAAAUCCAAGGCCCUGGUGCUCUACACACUGCACUUAACACACACGCAGAGACAAUCAAUACAAUGACGGACUUAUGGGAGUGGAGAUACUGUAUUUCAGCGGCUAAAUCUCCACCAGUGAAAUUCAAUUCUUAGGUCAGGAGCUGGGGAUAGAGGCUGGUAUAUCACCUUCCACGGGAGCCAACUGUAUGGUUUUUACCACCAUCUCUCCACAUGGGAAGGGAACCAAGUUGUAGGCAACAGAACGGAUUCUGUCAUUGUAAGGUUAGGCACUAUCAGCACCAGCAACACUCAAUAAGACCAGGUACCAAUUCAUUCUCACUUGCAACAAACUGCUCGUCAGCUCACGAUUCCGAAAGCCUGAAUUGUCAGUGAAUAUUUUGGAUGAUACUGAAUUUGAAUAGCAUACAAAACACAGAAAGCUAUUUCUACAUUUCUUUCUUUUUUCUCACACUGGGAGACAGGAGGAAGAACAGAGAUCGUGCAAGUCUGUAUGCUCAGCUAUUCUGAUACUCCCCUUGGAGAGCAACCGCUUAAAUAGAUAAACCAGGAAGACCAAAACCUCAUGGAACUGAAAACACAAUAGGAUUCCAUACUGUACCACUGUGAUCUAUAAACCAUCAUCUUUUUUACUGAUUGGAAUAGAACUAUGAUGUCUGUGUUGGCAGUGCUGUUGAUUGCCUAUCUCCACCAGACAACAUAUGCCCAGAUAUCAUCAGGGGGAAACAAUGUUGUGGAAGCAAUAGGCCCAGUAUUCAUAGGAAGCACUUGUGUGGAGCUGGCAAGCCAGAUAGCCCAGAUCAGCUCAACCACUGGGCCCUCACAGCUCCACCUCCACUGCUCUGUUGGCACGGUGAUACGGGUUGUCAAGGUGACAAAGGGAAAGAGCACAGAAACAGGGAGGUGUUUCUAUGACCCUGUCGACUCAUGCACCAUCACCACUGGUGUCCAGUAUUUCAUCCAUAGAUGUUCAGGACAUCAGAAUUGUACCGAAGACCCUGGCUCUGCACAGUACAUUGAAAGUUGCAACAGCUUCACUAACUAUAUCACUGUGGAGUAUGAGUGCAUAGCAGUCUCAGAUAUCCACAGCAUAGACACCAGUCAAGUGGUGUCUACAGGGCCAGACAUCCUGGGGUACAUCUACCUGUCCAGUCCCCUGUAUCCCGCACACUACCCUAGCAGAAGUUACUCUACCUGUAAUAUCACUACACAGCCACAGAGUUCCAUCAAUAUCAGGGUGCUGGAUUUUGAUAUCGAGGUGGGUAACAAUGGGUGCGAAUAUGACAAAUUAGUGUAUUACAACCCCACAAGUGGCGACUAUGUAGACUACUGCGGCCGAGGGAAAUAUGGAGAAGGCGGCACUUUGGAUAGUGACAUCAUCAGUAUCACUUUCAUAUCAGAUGAAUCAGUAGAACAGAAAGGUUUUAUGUUAAGAAUUGCCGGUGUCACGGCCCAGGGACUCCUGGACAGUGUUUCUAUUUCCUGCCUAACGCAGACACCGCCAACAAUUGAGACAGAGGUUCCCCUGCCAAGCCCUGUCACUCCGCCAUCCACUGCUACAGUAAUCAACCUGUGUCAAAAUGCCACUUUAACGAUGAGUCCCGAGUCGAAUGACAUCAAUCAAUUCUACCUGAGUAGCCCUGCCUACCCAGCAGAGUACCCGCACAGUGCCAACUGCUCUUGUCAGCUGACCAACAUGGUCGCCAGUCACAGGAUAGAGAUGGAGCUGAUCUACAUCUCCAUCGAAGCUGCCAGUCAGUGCGAGUUUGACAUGCUGGAGAUCCGUCCCGACCCCCCUGGCAUGCGCUUCGCUCAGAGGUUCUGCGCAGAGGGCGUCAUGUCGGGUUACAAGAUGGUCAGCCAAAAUGAGACCAUGGCCAUAAGGUUUACUUCCGAUUCUUCUGUUCAGCAGUUUGGGUUUUUACUAAUAAUCAAGGAUCUGCCCCCUGAUGACUUCCUGUCGUCUGCUGCAAUCAACCUUCAGUGCAAAGCCAGCUUGCCUUCCGACACAACCACCACUGUCCCAACACUGGCACCACCCAGUAUACCAACAUUGGCACCAGGAACUGAAUAUUCUGAUAUAUGUGGCAACACAUUUGGUUCCACAUCUCAGCCAGUCAUGGGCGAACCUCUCCCCUUGCCCAGAGAAAUCACCAGUCCGAACUACCCGCAACACUACCCUAGCAACACGUCCUGCAUGUGCGAGCUACGGACACGAACCAGCAAUCCCAUACGGGCAGUUGUCCAUUACUUCAACUUAGAAAUCGGCCUCCAGAAUUGUGAAUACGACUGGUUCGUAUUGCAGCAGAGUCCCCCGUAUGGAGAGGCCAGGCGUGUGUGCGGACAUGAAUACCAUGAACGCACAUUCAUAAGUGGUAAUAACAGCCUGCUUAUGGUGUUUCAUAGUGAUGGCUAUAUCAACUUCCCUGGGUUCUGGAUUACUGCUGAAGCUCUGUCACCUAGUGGUGAAACAGCAGUCCUGGAUAUGAGAUGUCACAGAGUGGACAGACCAAUUUUUCUGCCCUCUGCUUCAACAACCAGCACAACCACCCCCAGCACAACCAGCAGCACAAUUACAAGCACAACCACCAGCACACCUAGCACAAUCAGCACAACCACAACCACAGCCAGCAGUCCAGUUACUCCUGGCACCACUGGUGUAACACUGCAGACACCACUGCAUGAAUUAACACCUGAGGCCACACGAUCAACUCCCACGGUGACAGAAAGGUCAACUCCCACAAUGGACCCCACAGUUCAUGGGGUCAAGACCAAUGCCAGUGCCAGUGCUAGCACUCAAAAUCAACAACAAACAAUUCUACUGGUGAGCACAAUUGUUCCAGUGCUGCUAUUGUUGCUGAUUGUUGCAAGUGUCAUAAUUGUCAUUGUGUGGUGCAGGAGGAGAAAGAGGCCACCACUGGCCCACAUAGAGCUGGAAGCCCCAAAGCCAUACAUGGCUCUACACAGCAACAAUAACCAAAAUACAACUUACAACGAGAUCGCAACUGAUCCAGGAUACACCACUCUAAACCCUGCCAAUGGGAAGAACCCAAAUGGCCAUGCUGCCAUUGGAGCCAAUAGCAAUUCAACCCAUCAGGAAAAUGUGUAUGAUUCGAUACCAUAUGAUAGCACGGCUCCAAUAUAUGACACUGCAGCUCCUGUAUAUGACAGUGCAGCUCCAAUAUAUAGCAAUGCAAUCCCACCUCAUGAAAACACAGUAGAGAAAAAUCCAUCCCAACCACAGUUACAAGUGCCACCAGAAGAAACCAAUUCCAGCGGUAUAAUUUCAAACAGACCCACACUGAGCAGUACAGCUUAUCUCGAACCAGUUCAAAAACCACCUCCUUCCUACUCAGAAGCCAUCUUGCUUGGUGCCCAAAAUAACCCUGGGAGUAACAGUGCCCUUUCAAAUGGUGAUAACUUAGUAGAACCUGCCUUAGAGAGCAACAGUGUUUGUACCACAUCUCUUCCUGCUGUGCCUAGUGAUUCUAAGACCAAAGGUGCAGUUGCCAAUCCUACUUACAUGGUGAACUCUGGUUCUGAUCAAGUUUUGCCCAUAUCAACUGGACCUAGCGAGGCCUCAGACUCCAGCUUGCCUAAUGAAGAUCGGAGUUCUUCUUCAUGAUCAAUGCUACUACCAGAAAGCGUCCAAGAGAAUUUGAGUGUAGAUUUGUGGUGGGGUUUGAGAGAUAAAGUGCCUGAUGCCAAACAAUAUUAACUCAUAUGCAGGUGCAGGUUUGUACCCUCCCUAACUGAGGUCUGGGAUAUGAAUUGUACACUUUUGAAGAAUAAAAACUCCCUAUAAUUGAAAAAUGAAUAAGAUAACAAGAGAUAUUUCAGGAGGCAAAAGAGACUUUGUGGUGUUGGCAGUGGGGUUACAAAUAGUCAAACUAGCUUCUCUAAAAUAUUGGUUCUAGCCCUGUAGAGGUGAAGAAAAUGGGGAAAGUUAUAGAUUCCAACCACCACUUUGUCAUCUGCCUUGUUUAUAGAAAAGCUGUAGAAAUUCUAACAAAACUAAGGCACUGUUGGAAAAACAUUAACCUACAUGAUUUUUCAAACGCAGCUAGUCUACAACUUGAAGUUCAGAGGGGCAUAGGCUACCUUCAGCUUAAGUACCACCAGCUUAAAAAGCACUUUCAUAAUCAGGGAAACAUGCUGUCAGGUCACACUUUGCAUCUGAUACAAGAACAUCAAACAAGUUGUAUUUAAAAAUCACAUUUAGAAAUAACAUAUGUGAUUAAUUGCACACAAUAUGUAACUAAUCAAAUCCAAUCAUGUUUCUUAAUAAAAUGUUUGUACAUAUAUAUGUAACUCUAUUCAUUUUUAAAGAUUCUGAAUCAUGAAAUGUUAUUUAUUAGUUUAAGUAAUGGCAUAUCAGCCUUUUAAAGGCUAUAGAUUAAUCCUUUAAUAGUUAACCAGUAUAUAAUAACUUUUGAUUUAACUCUUUUGUAUCAUCAUACUUUUACUAUUGCUUUAAGUACAUUCCAAACUUUAUACUAUGACUUUUCAUUGAAUUUUUUUCUAUCAUUGUACUUUAUUUGAAAAUUGUCUUUUUAUUACAUUCCAAAUUGCUAAACCAGUGAUUUGUAUUAUCAUUCCCAAUUUAUUUGUUAUACAAAGCAUAGGAAACAUGUAUACAUGAACAUUUAUGUGAACCCAUCAUCUAUUCAUUGGUUUUUAUCCUAGAAAAAAUUAUUUGAAAAGGUACCAGUUCAGGUAAACUGCUUAGCAUCUGUCAACUAUAAUCUAUCUAUUUCAACAAAAUCAUAAGCUAUCAGCUAUUGAUCUGAACAGAAAAGGAUAAUGUUAUUAAUAGCUUGGCUGGUUCAAGUUUUCAGUGCCUUUCAAUCUCUGGUCUCAGGUUGGCAAUGUGCUGAAAUAUCUGUUUUAGCAACAUGUGGUAAAUAAAUGUGUAUUUCCUGCCUUAAUGAAUCAAAAAGGCCUGAUGUAAUUAAAACCUGAUGUACAAUCAGUUUAUUUGUAAUUGUUGAAUAA